AUGGGGUGCUGUAGUGGCAGGUGCACCUUGGCCUUCAUCUGUGGCAUGCAGCUGGUCAGUGUGUUGGAGCGUCAGGUGAUAGACUUCCUGGGCUACCAGUGGGCUCCCAUCCUGACCAACUUCCUCCACAUCAUCGUGGUCAUCCUCGGCCUGUUCGGCACCAUCCAGUUCAGGCCGAGAUACGUCACUGGGUAUGCAGCCUGGCUGGUCGUGUGGAUGACCUGGAACGUUUUCAUCAUCUGUUUUUACCUGGAGGUCGGAGAUCUGUCCAGAGACUCUGACCUUGUCCUGACGUUCAACCUGUCCAUGCAUCGCUCCUGGUGGAUGGAGAACGGCCCGGGGUGCAGGGUGACACCCAUCACCCCUCCUCCCUCCUGGGCACCUGAGGACCACCGAUAUAUAUCUAUAUCUGGCUGUCUGAUGGAUUUUCAGUUCAUAGAGGUGGCUCACUCCUCGUUGCAGAUACUCCUGGCUUUGAUGGGGUUUAUCUACGCCUGCUAUGUGGUCAAGCUCAUUUCAGAAGAAGAGGAUAGCUUUGAUUUUAUAGGAGGGUUCGACUCGUACGGCUACCAGGGGCCUCAGAAGACCUCCCACCUCCAGCUGCAGCCCAUGUACAUGUCAAAGUAAACCCAGGAGCUACUUCAGGAGCGCUGCCUUACCAAUCACCACUGCUUAAACACCCAAACCACUCCAACUGUAAUAAACAACAACCAAGACACAGACAAGUAGA